AUGACAGAUCAACGGAUCAGCGCUAUUGACAAUGAGCUUGAACGAAUCAAAGAAGAAAUCAACCUUCUCAAAGCAAAACGCGUCAGCUUACUCGAGCAACGACAGGAUGUAUUAGACGAGAUCGCCAGUGCCGAACAUAUGGAGCUUGCGGGCGACAACAACGUCGACUAUGAAUUACAGAAUUUCCCUUGGUCACAACAAUUGCAACAACUUGCGUAUCACCACUGGAACAUCACAUCGUUUCGACCACUACAAGUACCCAUUUUAAAUGCUGCGCUCGAUCGUAAACGCGAUAUUUUCGUGGUGUUACCGACAGGUGGCGGCAAGUCCUUAUGUUAUCAGUUGCCAGCGCUGUUAGAGCCUGGAUUUACAUUGGUUAUAUCGCCACUUGUUUCAUUGAUCCAUGAUCAGGUGUUUCAUUUGCAAAAAGCCAAUAUACCGGCAGCCUUGUUGACAGCUGGUAGCACCAAGGAACAAAUGAAAAUCGUCCAUGAAGUGAUGGCAGGCAAGAAUACCAACCCAGAGCAUCAGUUCAAAUUGAUUUACGUUACGCCAGAACGAAUUACCCAGUCGAAACAAUUCACAAACAAGUUGAAUAUCGCCUAUGAUCAAGGACGCCCUGAUUACAAAAAUCUAAACGUUCUUCGGACCGUGUUACCCAAGGCACCCAUCAUGGCACUUACGGCGACAUGCCCUUGGAAUAUCAUGAAAGAUGUGAUGAAUAUCCUCGGGCUCCGACAACCACAAGUUCCCCGCGGUACACUGGUUUACAGCGCGCCAUUGCAUCGACCCAAUUUGGUUUACCAAGUGCUCCCAAAGCCAGACACUAUGAAAGAAACAAUCCAGGACAUGUCAAAGUGGAUUUUGGGACACUACAGGGGUCAUUCCGGUAUCAUUUACUGUCUUUCAAAAAAGGAUACAGAGACCGUCGCCAGAGAUCUGUAUAACGAGAGCAAGGGCAAAAUCAAGUGUGAAGUUUAUCAUGCUGAUUUAACAUAUGAAAGUAAAGAGGACGUCCAUCGUUUGUGGCGGGAAAAGAAGGUGCAUGUGAUUGUUGCCACGAUUGCUUUUGGCAUGGGUAUCAACCAUUUGGAAACCCGGUUUAUUAUUCACCACUGCAUGUCCAAGUCUCUGGAGGCAUAUUAUCAAGAAAGCGGACGAGCUGGUCGUGACGGACAACGAGCCGAUUGUAUCAUCUAUUAUCGCGGUCAAGAUGUAUACAAAAUGGUGCAAUAUGCGCUAGAACUUAACAUGUGUCGAAAAAUCAUGUUUGAAAAGUACUUUGCCGUUGAUCCAUCCAUUCCAGCAUUUACAUCAGGCCUGGUGAACGAGAUAAGUCAUGACACGCCAUGUGGGACGUGCGACAAUUGUACUCGAGUACCCGGUAGUGUUAAUUAUGUGAAUAUUGCAACAGAGGCCGUCACAGUAGCUCGCUUGUGUCGUAUGCUGAAGGAGAUAGGCGAGCGGGUAACCUUGACCAAAUUAGUUGGUCACUGGCAAGGAAAAGGCUUGAAAGCAUUGAAGUUGGACGGACUGAAAAAAGACAGCAACGUGGAGAUUCCUGCCAAAAAGUCCUUUUCCACUCAGGACCUCGAACGCAUUGUAAACUACUUACUGAUCGAGCAAGUCUUGAAGGAAGACUUCCAUUUCACUCCAUAUAACACCAUUUCGUAA